GGUCAGUCAGCACAGUACCAGUGGGUAUUAAAUCUGGAUAAUUGCUGCUGGGUCGCAUAGAAGGGGGUUGAAUAUGUAAAGUGGGCGGCGCCCCGGAGCUGAGUGACAGUUUAUGUAAUGAGCAGCGCCGUGCAAGUCUAUAUAUCGGAGAGGAGACGCACGAGGGUUUCAUUCAGCAGUAUUAAGACGGAGCGGUGAGCCGUCUCACGAGCACGACGAGGAGCGGAGCCCCGCGACCCACAGCGCGACGCGACCCUUGUGGAGUACCGGACACGCGACAGGACACCUGCUGACGGAGGAGAAGAGAGAGAGAGAGAGAGAGAGAGAGAGAGAGAGAGAGAGAGAGAGAGAGAGAGAGAGAGAGAGAGAGAGAGAGAGAGAGAGAGAGAGAGAGAGAGAGAGAGAGAGAAGGCAAGAUAAGAAAAAGAAGCCAGCCAGCCUUGGAUAUUGGCCCCCUUCCUUCAUCUUUUCGGAUAACUUGGAAAUUGUAAACACUUCCAUUUUGACGCUCUGACACACCAGCGAGGAGCUAAGGGGAACAUCUCCACGAGCGAAGAGGGAUUUAUACGUCUUUUAGAUCUUCUCUUUUUUUCCCCCAUUUUUCUUUUCAUUUUCGGCGUAAAUACUUCGGAAUUAGAGAGGUGUUUUUGUUUUUAUUUUUUUGUUGUUGUUUGUUUUGGCUUUGACGUACAUAUAAGCUGCAUUGAUCGGUGACGGGGCUGCCCUGGAGAAGCAGAAGGAUGGCAGCUUGGUUCACCUUCACCAUCGCGUUCAGCACCACGUUGAUAACACAGGCAUCUGGGUCCGGCGUUUUUGAGCUCGAUCUCCACGAAUUUAAAAACCACAGAGGUCUGAUGGCCAACGGGGACACGUGCAAGCCAAACUGCCGGACUUUCUUCCGAGUUUGCCUGAAGAACUACCAGGCAGUGGUCUCGCCAGGUGAAUGCAUCUUUGGGAGUACAAUGACACCGGUGCUGGGGACAAACUCUUUCAGCGCCGCAGACGGAGGCGCUUUAAGUAGACCAAUUCAAUUACCAUUCAACUUCGGAUGGCCGGGAUCAUUUUCUCUGAUAAUCGAAGCCUGGCAUUCACCUUAUGAGAGCGUGCCUGCAGAUACCAACAACCCGAACUUUUUGAUUAGCUUUUUUGCCAUUCAAAGACAGCUGGGUGUCGGGACCGCAUGGUCUCAGGACACACAGACCGGGAAGGAGACCGAGUUGAGGUAUUCUUAUCGGUUCAUCUGCAACGAAAAUUACUACGGAGAAAGUUGUUCGAAAAAGUGCACGCCGAGGGACGACCGAUUUGGCCACUACACCUGCACCCGAGAUGGGCAAUUAUCCUGCCUGCCUGGCUGGAAGGGGAAAUACUGUGAAGAACCUAUCUGCCUGGAGGGCUGCAGUGAGAGGAACGGGAACUGCUCCAGACCUGGCGAGUGUGUGUGCAGAGAAGGCUGGCAAGGUCCUUUCUGUGAUGAAUGCAAGAAGUACCCCGCCUGUAAACAUGGCACUUGUCAACAGCCAUGGCAGUGUAACUGUCAGGAGGGUUGGGGAGGCCUACUCUGUGACCAAGACCUGAACUUUUGCACCCAUCACCGGCCGUGUGUGAACGGCGCCACCUGCAUGAACACGGGCCAGGGCAGCUACACCUGUACCUGCCUCCCGGGCUUCACUGGGGUCAACUGCGAGCUGGAGAUGCAGGAGUGCGACAGCAACCCCUGCAGGAACGGAGGAAUAUGCACCAAUCUGGACAGCGGCUACAUGUGCGAGUGUCUCCAGGGUUUCGAGGGGACCCACUGCGAACACAGCCUGCUGACGUGCGCCGAUUCCCCCUGCUUCCACAGCGGCAAGUGCUGGGAGAAGGACAACGGCCAUAGCUACAUGUGCGAGUGUCCCCGCGGCUACACCGGACUCAACUGCGAGAAGAGGGUGGACAAGUGCACGUCGCUUCCCUGUGCUAAUGGCGGUCUCUGUGUGAUCCAUGGAGGCAUGCGUGUCUGUAGCUGUCGAGCAGGAUUCACCGGCCAGCGCUGUGAAAUCAACAUCAACGAGUGCGCCGGCGACCCCUGCGUCAAUGGCGGCACCUGCCUGGACCGAAUCAACGACUACACCUGCGUGUGUCCUCCAGGCUACACUGGGCGCAACUGCGACAAGCUGGUGGAUGAGUGCUCCGCUCGGCCCUGCCUCAACGGGGGUCUCUGUACCGAGGGAGGCGGACUGGGCAAGACUCCGGCCACCUGCGUCUGCCUCUCAGGUUUCACUGGCGCCCACUGUGAGUUUUUCGCUGCCGUGACCUUCCCCGUGAGCAACGAGGAGAUCCAAGAUGGCUUCCAGUGGGCGGCAGUUUCUCUGGGCGUGGGGCUGGUGGCGUUGCUGAUGUUGCUGUUCAUGGUGGCCCUGGCUCUGAGGCACAUCCACCGGCAGGCACAGAGGGAGAGGGGGGACACGGAGACCAUGAACAACGUGUCUGAUGCUCAGAAGGACAACCUGAUCCCGGCAUCCCAGCUGAAAAACACCAACCAGAAAAUUGGCCUGGAGGUGGACUGUGAUUCGGGGAAAUCGAACUUUAUCCAUAAAAACUAUCACUUGGACUCUUACAGCUCGAAGUCAAAGGAAUUCAAGGAUGACCAGCCACAGGAGGAUAAAAGUCUUAUUUAUGACAAGUGUUUAGAAGACAAAAUGCCUUUGAGUCGAAUUUACAGUGAAAAGCCAGAGUGUAGGAUAUCAACGAUAUGUUCCCCGAGAGAUUCUAUGUACCAGUCCGUGUUCGUUAUAGCAGAGGAAAGGAGGGAAUGCGUCAUAGCAACUGAGGUAUAAACCGCGGGGGCUUGGCGCGAGGGAGUGAGGAGGAGAGACACACAAUCGAGGCAGAAAAUCUUAUUCUGGAUUGUUUACAAAUGCUGACAACAGACUGGAGACUGUUUUUAAGACGUCCACUGCUGCUCUGGAAGACUUGAGAACUGAGACGGGCAGGAUCUCUGCCCUGCAAUGGAAAAACAGUAUAGAAACCUUACAAUGGCUGAGUGUCUGUAUACAAAACGUGUAAAGUCAUGGACCCCUCCGGCUUGUGGGAACGAUUAAUACGUCCGGCGGGUGAACCGACGCCAUCCCCGUCCGGGGACCUAAUAAGAGUGUCGGCGAAGUAAUAAACCCCGACCAUCUGAGAGACACCAAAAAGAAGCGACGGAGGAUAAUUCGGCCCUCGUAGACGACCCGUCCUGGACUGGUGUGAUAAUCAUGGUGAUUUUUAUAACAGCCAACUAAUCAAAAGGAGGUGCCUGAGAUUUGAUCCCCCGAGAACCCACCACACACACACACACACACACACAUGCACACGCACACACACACACCCCGCUCCUGCCAGCUUCACCUGCUAUGCAAGACUCAGGGUCAAGAGGAGUGAACGCGCCCCAUCGUUGGAAACCAACCACGCAAACACUGAGAGAAAUGAAUGUCUGAGAAUAAUUCUCAACUGUCAGUCACACGAAACUGACUGGCUGGACUUUUCCAUGCAAUGGUGAAGAUUGUAUGCAGCCCAAAAUUCACUAGAAGCCUUAAAAGAAGGGGGUUUGAAUACUAAAUGUGUAUGUACCCUUGUCUCUUCUCGGAUCAUUUGCACUACCAAAAAAAAAAAAAAAAAAAGAUCAGGUGGGGAAAAUACUUCAUAAUCAACUGGGGUGUGAAGAGCAAUGCCACAAGAGCGCAAUAGUGAGUGCCGUGCCAGCAAGAUCCAAGAGAGAGGGGAAUCAAACUGUUUUUAUGCAAACCGAUGGAGAAAUACAAAGAGACUCAGUACAGAGAAGUGACUGUCUCACCACUGCCUGCCUAUAACAAGUUUCAGAAAAUACAGAACCAAUAAUGUCAUUUUUUUUUUAAAAUGAUGAUUUCCAGAGUUUAAUUUAAAAUAUGACACACUGCUCUUUAUAUGUUUUAUAAUAUUAUUUUGUAUAUAAUGCAUAUUUAUAAAAUCCAAACAUCUGAAGAAUAAAACUUUAAUUCCUUUAAAACCUCUUAAUUUGAUGU